AUGCACGCGCGUCCAAGAGGACAGUCCACAUGGACGCAUCUAUCUCUCUCUCUCUCUAUCUAUCUAUCUCUCCCUAUCUAUCUCUCUCUCUCUAUCUCUCUCUAUCUAUCUAUCUAUCUAUCUAUCUAUCUAUCUAUCUAUCUAUCUAUGUUUAUACCUAUCUAUCUAUUUUUUUCUUCUUCUUCUUCUUCUUCUUCUUCUUCUUCUUCUUCUUCGCCUUCUCUUCUUCUUCACCUUCUCUUCUUCUUCGCCUUCUCUUCUUCUUCUUCGCCUUUUCUUCUUCUUCGCCUUCUCUUCUUCUUCUUCACCUUCUCUUCUUCUUCACCUUCUCUUCUUCUUCGCCUUCUCUUCUUCUUCUUCCUUCUCUUCUUCUUCUUCGCCUUCUCUUCUUCUUCUUCUUCUUCACCUUCUCUUCUUCUUCACCUUCUCUUCUUCUUCGCCUUCUCUUCUUCUUCGCCUUCGCCUUCUUCUUCUUCUUCUUCACCUUCUCUUCUUCUCUUCUUCUUCUUCCUUCUCUUCUUCUUCUUCUUCUUCUUCUUCUUCUUCUUCUUCGCCUUCUUCUUCUUCUUUCUUCUUCUUCACCUUCUCUUCUUCUUCACCUUCUCUUCUUCUUCGCCUUCUCUUCUUCUUCGCCUUCUCUUCUUCUUCUUCUUAUUACCUUUCUUCUUCUUGCCUUUUCUUCUUCUUCGCCCUUCUCUUCUUCUUCUUCUUCCUUCUCUUCUUCUUCUUCUUUUUUCUUCUUCUUCUUUCACCUUCUCUUCUUCUUCUGUUUCUUCUUCUUCUUCUUCUUCUUCUUCUUCUUCUUAUUAUUUUGUUUCUUCUUCUUCUGUUUCUUCUUCUUUCUUCUUUAUUAUUAUUAUUAUUAUUAUUAGUAGUAGUAGUAGUAGUAUGUUCCAAUUCUUUUGUCCAACCCAUCUAUCUAUCUAUCUAUCUAUCUAUCUAUCUAUCUAUCUAUCUAUCUAUCUAUCGAUCUAUGUCAGUCUUUUCAUUAUCUAUUUAUCUCACCAGUUUGUCCAUUAUCUAUCUAUAGCCGCCUCUUCAUUAUCUAUCUAUCUAUGUAAGUAUGGGUCUAUGUCAGUCUUUGCAUUAUCUAUCAAUCUAUAUGUUGUUCAUUAUCUAUCUAUCUAUCUAUCUAUCUAUCUAUCUAUCUAUCUAUCUAUCUAUCUAUCUAUUACAUCUAGGGGAAGGAAAAUUCUGAAUUCAAAACCUGCGGGGUUCGUUUGGAUCUAUCUAUCUAUCUAUCUAUCUAUCUAUCUAUCUAUCUAUCUAUCUAUCUAUCUCUCGCUUUCUAUCUAUCUAUCUAUCUAUCUAUCUAUCUAUCUAUCUAUCUAUCUAUCUAUCUAUCUAUGUCUACUCAUUACUUUUGUAUUUUUUCUUUCUUUCUUUCUUUCUUUCUUUCUUUCUUUCUUUCUUUCUUUCUUUCUUUCUUUCAACCAGUUAGACGUUUAUUCUUUCAAUUUUAAUCAUUUCUUUUCCCUUUCUUCAUUUUUCUUCUUUCUUCUUUCAUCUCUCUUUUUUCCCUUUCUUUCUUUGUUUCUUUUUUUCUUUGUUUCUUUCUUUCUUUCCAUGUGA